CCUCAGGAGGAGCACAUGGUGACAGUGAUGCCCCUAGAGAUGGAGAAGACUGUCAGCAAACUCAUGUUUGACUUCCAGAGGAACUCCACGUCAGACGACGACUCAGGCUGUGCCUUGGAGGAGUACGCCUGGAUCCCGCCGGGGCUGAAGCCUGAACAGGUUCACCAGUACUACAGCUGUCUGCCAGAGGAGAAGGUUCCUUACGUCAACAGUCCUGGAGAGAAACUUCGAAUCAAGCAGCUACUACACCAGCUGCCGCCACAUGACAAUGAGGUUCGAUAUUGCAACUCCCUGGAUGAGGAGGAGAAGAGGGAGCUGAAGCUCUUCAGCAACCAGAGGAAACGUGAAAACUUGGGUCGAGGGAAUGUCAGGCCCUUCCCAGUCACGAUGACAGGAGCUAUCUGUGAACAGUGCGGAGGCCAGAUUAACGGCGGGGACAUCGCCGUGUUUGCGUCCCGUGCCGGCCACGGCGUUUGCUGGCACCCGCCGUGCUUCAUCUGCACCGUCUGCAACGAGCUGCUGGUGGAUCUGAUCUACUUUUACCAAGAUGGGAAGAUAUACUGUGGCCGGCACCACGCCGAGUGCCUGAAGCCGCGCUGCGCAGCCUGUGAUGAGAUCAUCUUUGCAGACGAAUGCACAGAAGCUGAGGGACGGCACUGGCACAUGAAACACUUUUGCUGCUUCGAGUGCGAGACGGUGCUUGGCGGCCAGCGCUACAUCAUGAAGGAGGGAAGGCCCUACUGUUGCCGCUGCUUCGAGUCCUUGUAUGCAGAAUAUUGCGACACCUGUGCCCAACACAUAGGGAUCGACCAAGGUCAGAUGACCUACGACGGCCAACACUGGCAUGCCACCGAGACCUGUUUCUGCUGUGCUCACUGCAAGAAAUCCCUCCUGGGGCGGCCAUUCCUCCCAAAGCAGGGCCAGAUAUUCUGCUCCCGGGCCUGCAGCGCCGGGGAGGACCCCAAUGGCUCUGACUCAUCCGAUUCGGCUUUCCAGAACGCCAGGGCCAAGGAGUCCCGGCGCAGUGCCAAAAUCGGCAAGAACAAGGGCAAGACGGAGGAGCCCAUGCUAAACCAGCACAGCCAGCUGCAGGUGAGUUCCAACCGACUGUCGGCCGACGUGGACCCCCUGUCGCUGCAGAUGGACCUGCUCAGCCUGUCCAGCCAGACGCCCAGCCUCAACCGGGACCCCAUUUGGCGGAGCCGGGACGAGCCCUACCACUAUGGGAACAAGAUGGAGCAGAACCAGUCCCAGAGUCCCCUGCAGCUUCUCAGCCAGUGCAACAUCAGAACUUCCUACAGUCCAGGAGGGCAGGGGGCCGGGGCUCAGCCUGACAUGUGGGCCAAGCACUUCAGCAACCCCAAAAGGAGCUCAUCACUGGCCAUGAAGGGGCACGGUGGCAGCUUCAUGAAGGAAUGCCGCGAGGACUAUUACCCAGGAAGGCUGAGAUCCCAAGAGAGCUACAGCGAUAUGUCCAGUCAGAGCUUUAGUGAAACCCGAGGCAACAUCCCAGUGGCCAAAUACGAGGAGGAGGAAGAGGAGGAGGAAGAGGGCAUAUCCACUCAGCAGUGUCGGACCCGCCAUCCAAUCAGUUCCCUGAAAUAUACUGAGGACGUGACGCCCACAGAGCAGACCCCUCCGGGCUCCAUGGAAUCACUGGCCCUGUCUAAUGCAACAGGCCUGUCCGCCGAUGGUGGCGCCAAGCGCCAGGAGCACCUCUCCCGGUUUUCCAUGCCCGACCUCAGCAAAGACUCUGGAAUGAAUGUCUCCGAGAAGCUGAGCAACAUGGGCACGCUUAACUCGUCCAUGCAGUUCCGGAGCGCAGAGUCGGUUCGCAGCCUGCUCUCUGCCCAGCAGUACCAGGAGAUGGAGGGAAACCUCCACCAGCUCGGCAACCCCAUUGGGUACAGGGACCUGCAGUCCCACGGCAGGCUGCACCAGAGCUUUGAUUUCGAGGGGGGGAUGGCGGGCAGCAAGCUGCCGGGGCAGGAGGGCAUGAGGAUCCAGCCCAUGAGCGAACGCACCCGGAGGAGAAGUACCUCCCGCGACGACGCUCGCCGCUUCCGACCCCACCGCUCCAGGCGUUCUCGGCGCUCUCGCUCGGACAACGCCCUCCACCUGGCCAGCGAGCGCGAGGCCAUCUCUCGGUUAAAAGAAAGGCCCCCGCUCCGAGCCAGGGAGGACUACGACCAGUUCAUGCGCCAGCGGAGCUUCCAGGAGAGCUUGGGCCAAGGGUCCCGAAGGGACCUGUACGGCCAGUGCCCGAGAACGGUGUCGGACCUGGCUCUGCAGAAUGCCUUUGGGGAGCGGUGGGGACCCUACUUCACCGAGUAUGAUUGGUGUUCCACCUGCUCGUCCUCUUCGGAGUCUGACAAUGAGGGCUAUUUCCUAGGAGAACCCAUCCCCCAGCCCGCCCGCCUGCGAUACGUCACAAGCGAUGAGCUGUUGCACAAAUACAGCUCCUACGGCCUCCCCAAGUCUUCCACGUUAGGGGGCAGGGGACAGUUGCACAGCAGGAAAAGACAAAAGAGCAAAAACUGUAUCAUCUCUUAAUACGGUUGGCGUCAGGGAAUGGGGGAAGAUGGGAGCUAAGAAUGUACAUCCAGAAACUUGCACUGUUUUCAGUUUUAAAGCGCUUUCCGGGGGUGGUUGCUGGAGGAGAAGAGGAACAUGGUGCCAGUUGUGGAGGCAAGGUUCUAGACUGACUCAAUAGGUAGUCCCAGUUCUUGGCAUGUUGAGUAUUAUUUGCACAUUUCACUUUGGAAACGCUGUAGACUCUGUGGAGGCCAGGGUUGGCCCCCUCCUGCCCGUCAGUCUGUGUGGAGUCGCCUUUCGCAAGAUGGCAAACUGUUUCCCGCUCGCUUAUAUCCUCUCUGGUUCUCUUACUUUUAGGACCCUUUUUCCAGUAAGUGAUUUGUUUAUUAGCCAGGACCCAAGACUAAGUUAUUUACAUGUCCAUUGUAAAUGCAAUGUAAAUGAGAGUUCUGAUAAAAUAUUUUUGUAUUUUGUAAUAUCAAAGGAAUUUCUAUAUCGUAGGACUCAGUGAAGACUUGCAUGCACAUCCAGCGUUGUC